AUGGCCUCGAGUUCUGUCGGACAAGAAUCUAUGCAACCCACCGUCGCUUCGGUUGGGCCGAGGUUCAGACCAUACGCAAGCCCCAGCCAUCAAGUGACCAAAGGCCGCUAUAUCACUAGCAAUGACCCGCGAGGCUAUAUUCCGGUCUAUGAGUACCCUCUCAACGGGCAAUGGAUUAUGAUGGACAUUGACGAUGGAUACGUCCUCUGGACCGGGAUAUGGAAAGCUCUCGGAAAUUCGAAAGCCGAUAUAGUCAAGAUGAUUGACUCACAGCCGGACUUAGCAAAUCAUAUUCGACGAGUACGUGGCGGUUACCUGAAAAUACAGGGAACAUGGAUGCCUUACGAGGUAGCACUACGUUUAGCACGCCGCGUUGCUUGGACCAUCCGCGACGAUCUGAUACCAUUAUUUGGACCUACGUUUCCGACUACUUGCCUCUCACCCGACCAGCCUGGGUACGGUCAAGUUGUGGCCUCUGGAACUGGUCGUCGGCGCACACGCCGGGUCAAUAAUUCUGCAACCGCGCCCGCCACACUCCCUCGGGAAUCUCAGAGCAACUGGACGGUCGUGACGCCGACCACUGGGCCUAGCCACGGCAUCCCUCUUCAGCCACAGCACCAACAGCAAUACCCUCACACAGCGAUGGCGAUGCACUCCUUGUCUCGGAGACCAUCAGAUCCUCACAACCGGAGUGAAGGACCUUCUUCGUACCGGGGUGUACAGCCCGAGUACUAUGAGGCGCCGGGGCCGCCAUCUCCUUCGACUAACGGCGACAACACGCCAUCGAAAGACCGUAAUUAUAGCCGAUACUCUCCAUACCCAGGUACGAGCUCGACGUCUCAUUUGAGCCGCCGGCCGUCAAGCUCUGGUAGAAGUACCCUGCACUUGGAUAUCCCUGCCUUGUCACUGCGGGAUGACCAGCGUAUGGUUGAGGAUAAUCCACCCCCUGGCGAACGGAUUACACUCCCACCCAUCCGACAUCAUGGAUAUGGCGAUUCUGCCAGUGGUGCAUCAUAUUCCCUCCCUCCAAUAUCGGCGUUGGAGGACCUUCGUGGAGUCCAUGCUCAUGAUUCGGCGGCGGUCCUACGAAGACUUAUGGAGGACGACUCUCAGGACAUAAAACCAUCAUCUCAGGACUCGUCAUGGGGAAGGCAUCGAUCUUUGUCCGCGCCUCCUUAUAAACCUGUCUUCGAAGCUCCGUCUCCCCAGCCAAUGCGAAGAUCUGACAGCGGAAGUGUCCCUCAGUCGUUCGGCGAAACGACUGUACAACGACGAUACCAUUUAUCAUCCGAGCUACAUUCUUCUCAGUCAAGCAGAAGGCUGAGCGAUGGGUCGCACAACUCAUACAGCAACAGUCCUACCUACGAAGCUUCCCCAAUCUCACCUUCCCCAUCGACGCCUCUCUCAGCCUCGUCUUCUCGAGAUUACGGUAUGCCUUGUGACAGAUCCGUAGAUGCUCAUCGGAAGUCAGAUGUCCACUUGCGGGUGGCCGUCCCUCCUGCAAAUGACCAUGAGCAUCCCUCUGCCUUAUCUGGAUCACAGCCUAUUCCGUAUGCUAGUCGAACUUGGUCAAAUAUCCUCAACUGA